CACCUGUAUCCUUUGCCCACCCAAUAUUCGCCGUACUGUACCACCUUAUACCGUCAUACCGCCCGCGCGCGCCUGCCCGCUUUUUGAGCUCGGAAACCCACGGCGAUCUUCGCCCGCUCCCCCUCGCGAGAGCACCACGACGCAAAUCAGCAGCAGCAGCAGCAGCAGCAGCACUCGACCGCACGCGCCCGCGAGCCCGAGCUCAAGAAGAAGCCCCCACUCCAGAGGAAGAUAGGAGACAAGAUGACCUCCUUCGUCACCACCGUGAACCAGCGGGCGCGGAACCAGUUCCGGGCGCGGCCGGGCGGCAAGGGCGGCAGCACGAGCUACCAGCUGCGGCAGUACGCGGAGGCGACGCUGGGCGGGGGGUCGCUGCGCAAGGUGGUGCGGCUGCCGGAGGGCGAGGACGAGAACGAGUGGCUGGCGGUCAACAUGGUCGACUUCUACAACCAGGUCAACCUGCUCUACGGCGCCAUCACCGAGUUCUGCUCCCCCCAGUCCUGCCCCGAGAUGAAGGCCACCGACGAGUUCGAGUACCUCUGGCAGGACGGCGCCGCCUACAAGCGCCCCACCAAGAUGCCCGCCCCCCAGUACGUCGAGCAGCUCAUGGCCUGGGUCCAGGCCAGCAUCGACGACGAGUCUGUCCUCCCCUCCCGCAUCGGCGUCCCCUUCCCCAAGUCCUUCCCCGCCCUCGUCCGCCAGAUCUUCAAGCGCAUGUACCGCGUCUACGCCCACAUCUACUGCCACCACUACCCCGUCAUCCGCGAGCUCGGCCUCGAGCCCCACCUCAACACCAGCUUCAAGCAGUACGUCCUCUUCAUCGACGAGCACGGUCUCGCCACCGGCAAGGACUUCUGGGGCCCCCUCGGCGACCUCGUCGAGAGCAUGCUCCGCAGCGAUUGAUCGAUCGGCCCGCGGCAAAAACGAGGGACCGAGCAUCACACCGGCCGGCUAGUCCCUGGAACAGGAACAAAAAGACGAGUUGGAAAAAAAAAAAGGAACCACGAUGUCACGCCCUUGUCCCCCGAACAAAUUCCGUUUCAGGCCAGGGUUAGUGAAGAAGCCAGUUAGACGACGUUGAUGAAUGAUACUUAGGGCACGCGGAAAUAGGGAUGUUGCUACGUCCUUUUUUUUUUCCUUGAAGGGGGGAGUCUCGGCGUUUGGACACGAUG